ACUGCAGGCGGCACUGCAGGCGGAAGUGCUGCACCUGUUGAGGUAAAAGUCUGUUCCUCCUGCCGGAAACUUUGACGGGUCACCUGGUCCACCUGGUCCACCUGGAGCCACCGACCCCCGGACUUGCUGGGGAGGUUCUGGACGUUCUGCGGCGGUUCUAGAGGAAGACCGGGUUAAUGGAUAAACUGAAGCAGGUUCUUGGCGGACAGGACGGCGGCGGAAGCUCGGAUGGGAGCGGCAUACUGGAGAGAGCCAAUCAGGCGUCCACUCUGGCCUGGGGGACCCGGAUGAAGGGCUUCCUCAUCUGCUUCAUACUGGGGGCCGUCUGCUCCAUACUGGCUACCUGCCUGCUGUGGAUCCCAGGGUUUGGACUUCCUGUGUUCGCUGUCCUCUACACCAUAGGAAACCUCUGCGCUCUGGCCAGCACCAUGUUCCUGAUUGGUCCGUUACGGCAGCUGAAGAACAUGUGUGCAAAGGUCCGAGCCUUGGCCACCGUCAUCAUGCUGGUCUGUCUGGUUCUGACUCUGUGCGCUGCGUUCUGGUGGAAGAACAACGGCUUGGCUCUGCUUUUCUGUGUGCUGCAGUUUCUGGCCUUCACCUGGUACGGCCUGUCUUACAUCCCAUUCGCCAGGGACGCUGUCAUCAAGCUGUUCUCCCUCUGCUUGUAGAGCCACCAAUCAGGACGCAGGAUGCUGGGGUGUGUAUCCAAUCAGGAAUCAGGGUUUUAUUUAUUAAUAAUCACAUUUUAUUUAAUUCUCCAUUUUAACAUAGAAUAAAGCAGCUUUAGUUUCAUAUUAUUGCAUUUCAGAUUCAGGCUCUUAGAAAUGAAAUGCUACAGGGCAACCAAGCACAGUUUGAGUAAAAAUAUGAAUCUGAUCAAAAUAAAAAUGAAGUUUAUUUAAAACUACCGUGGAGUUUUAGGGUCAGACUAAGAGGAUUAUAACUUUAUUCACCUGUUGUUACUUUAUUCUUGUACUGUUGCAACUUUGUUCCCAAAUUGUGAAGUUAUUCUUGGUUUAUUAUGAAGUUACUCUCAGUUGUUGCAACUUCACUCUCAUAAAUCCUUUUAGUCUGACUCUAAUUCCACACUAAAAAAUAAAUGAACAUAUGAACACGUAAAAUUUUCAAGCAUCUUGGUCACAUUUCUGCUCUUGCUUCAGCUGUUUUAUAAUAUUUAAUCUUCAGAUCAGAAAACACUUCAGAUUUACUGAAUUAUUCAGUUUGUAUCAUAAUAAAAACAUCUCAGUGUCUGAAUGUGAGCCAGUUAUUAAUUAUUAUUAUUAAUGUGUUCCUGUAACACGUUCAGUUGGUCCUGAAUGGGUCAAAUCUGCUCAGGUCACAAAGGUUUUUAUUUAUGGAACAAACAGAAAGAUAAAAAGAAUGAAUAAAUGAAAAACAAAACACGAAAGAAGAUAAAAUCAAAAAGGUGAAGAAAAUGGAAAUAUGAAGAGGAUUUUAUUGAAUUGAUAAUAACUGUAUUAUUUUAAUCUAUUUAUUUGUGAUUUGUCUUGAUUUUUAUUUGGUCCUGUUGUUGUUCCAUAUCAGCAGGUUUCUAUUGGGUCCAGAUUUAAUUCCUGUGUGAUAAUUAUGUAUUUUAUUAAUACUGAAUUUAACCUGACUGUGAAGACCUGGCCUGAGAGAAUGAAACAUUAUUAUUAUUAUUAUUAUUAUUAUUAUUAUUAUUAUUAUUAUUAUUAUUAUUCAGCUUUUGCCUGAGAACAAAUCCACUAAUGUUCCUUUGAUCUUGUUGAAGUUUUAACUAUUAUGGGAUGCAUUUCAUCAGAAUUAUUUUAUUAAUUAAUUCGUUUAUAGAAAUGAUUGUAAAUAUUUCCUGCUUUAACAACAUUUAAUUGAUUUAUCUUAAUAUUUCAUUGAAAUAUUUUGAUAAAUUAUUUAAAUUUGAGCAUUUUGUUCAGGGAUCCUCCGCAACUAAUAUCAGAAACAUCUAGCGCCCCCUUCAGUCCCGGUGAGGAAGUGAAAGAUGGUUUUAUUUUCAUAACAACAUUUUUCUGUUUGUAUGAUUUGAAUUCAUAUUUCUGAACCUUCUGGUUUUGGGUCCAGAUGGUUUCUCCAGAACCAUUUCACCUGUUUUUUGUAUUUCCUGUCAGAUCUGAAUAAAUGUAUUUUUGAGCCA